AUGUCUGCUUCCGUCGUGGAAAGGCUGGACACUCUAGUGGCUGAUAUAAUAGCCGAUUGGAACAUUUACACCACUGUUGUUGCUGGUGUUGUUGUUGCCUUUGCUGUGUACUCUGUGAUUUCGUCUCGAGACCCUGACAUCCAUCCAUUCCUUCUUGCUCGCCAAUCUACUGCAUCCCCUAUCCGCCAGCAGGGCGAGUCCGCAACAUACAGAUGUCUGGAAACUCCACAUGGGUUGCCCCUGCGAUUCGGGCUGAACGUCAAGGAUCCCGGUGCACCAAAAUGGACUGGUGGCCGCCGAGGUGACCUGCGUGAUAUUUGGAAGACUGCUGUGCGUGGGGCUCUGAAUGAAGAUGGCACCAUCUCUGGCAAGCAGGGCAAGAUCUAUACAGUGCUGGGAAAAAAGGCUAUCGAGCACUCUUUAGACCAAGUCACCCAAGAGAUCAACGUUAUCGGUCGUCAUCUGCGGAGCGCCGAUGCGAAGACUGUGGCUAUUUGCCUGACAGACUCCAUUGAACUACUAGCUGCGAUUUUUGCGGGUGCUUUCUACGGUUUCAAGACUGUCCUUGUGCCUCACAACCUUCCUGCAGAGAUAUUAUCUGCUCAUUUGCAACAGGCAAAGGCAGAUGUUAUCAUUGCUGAAGCUGGGUCUAUUGAUCUGUCUCUUAUCUCAAAGGACAACAAACAGCUCUCACUCGCCCUCUGGGUUGCCAAGUAUGGCAACCGACACAUGGACUGGAACGAGGUUCCCGAGGACGUCAAGGGUAGCUUGAGUGUGGCGGUUUGGCAUGAACUGGUUGAGGAGCAUAAGGAUCUUGCUGGCUAUGAGGUUCCCGAGUAUGACCCUAAAACGACGACGCCAUCCGUCAGCACUGUUUGGCCCUCUUCGUCUCAAUCAGGCCAAUUUAUUGAGUUCCAGCCCGAGAAUCUUGUUUCCGCUGUUGGCGCAUUAAACUCUUCACUGCCUCGUACCCAGCGCUUCACUCCAACCGAUAUUGUCCUGUCCAUCGACUCCCUUUCUCGGUCUUAUCCACUAUGCCAGACUAUGGGUGCGCUCUUCGCCAACUCUUCCAUCGCCCUAAAUUCCGUCGCUGGAGAGACCGUUGACUUUGCUUUGGCUACUGCUGGUGUGUCUCCCACAGUCAUUAUUGCAUCGUCGCAGACCAUGAGCGAUUACCACGAGAAGAUUAUGCGCCCGCAUACUGGCCUUAUCUCCUCUAUUGGUCGCUGGCUUCAAGCAAGGACUUUAGAUGCAGGAAAUAUGCCAACCCACAACUUCUUCAGCCAGUUGGCUCGCAUUGGUCCCACUGCCGAGCUUUCUCUGGACAACCUGCGCCUUCUUUGCAUUUCCCACCGCAUUGAUGGCAGCUCCGUUGCUCGUCUUACUUCGGAGCAAUUGACUGAGCUCCGAAUCUUCACUGGCGCUCGGGUUGUUUAUGCCUUGACCGGACCCGGGGUUGCUGGUGCCAUUUCCCAGACAAAUGCCUUUGACUACAGAUGCCUCACUGGCCCCAGCCACUUUGGCGCCCCGUUGAGUAGCACGGAAAUUACUCUGAAAAAUGUCCCCGAGGGCUCCACUGACGGCGCGGAAGAGGGUCAGCUUACUGUAUCUGGCCCUGCUGUUGUCAAUGGCACCACCUCUCUUUCUGGAAGAGCACGCAUUGGUACCGACAACACCCUGGAAUUGUGCUCUUAA